GUGGUCACUUCCCAGAAGAGCUGGGGAGGGUUUUCAGGGGUGUGAGAGUGUAUUUAUGAACUCCACCCGGAAUUCCUGUCUCUAUACCCACUGCUUCUACAGACCAGCACCUGUGUGACACCAACUGCACAAAUACAGAAAUCAUGGAUCUUUCAGAUGCCCUUGACUUCCCACAGCAAAAUAAUCCGCAGGCAGGAGGCCCAGCAUGGGCCGGCCAACCAGCCAACCCCACCUGGCCCGGUCAGCCUGCUAACCCCACAUGGCCCGGUCAGCCUGCUAACCCCACAUGGCCUGGUCAGCCUGCUAACCCCACCUGGCCUGCACAGCCAAACCAACCAGGCUGGCCAGGGCAACCAUACCAGCCAACAUGGCCUGGACAGCCUGGGCAGCCUACAGCUCCUGGGCAGCCUACAGCUCCUGGGCAGCCUACAGCUCCUGGGCAGCCCACAGCUCCUGGGUGGCCUGGACCUGUACCACAAACCGGCCCUUAUGGUGCUCCUGGCCAAGCCCCACAAGCACUAACCGUGCCAUUUGACCUGCCACUACAAAAUGGAGUUUUUAACAAGAUGCUCAUCACCAUCAAUGGAGAGGUCAAACCUAACGCUAAACAUUUCACCAUUGAUUUAAACCGAGGCAACGACAUUGCGUUUCAUCUAAAUCCUCGCUUCAAUGAAGCCGGAAGGCAAGUGAUUGUACGAAACAGCUGUAUUGGAACCCAGUGGGGCAAAGAAGAGCGUGAGCUCGCCUCCUUCCCAUUUGUCCAGGGAAAGCCUUUUGAGAUGAAGAUCUUAUGCACUGACACUGAAUUCAAAGUGGCUGUGAACAAAUUGCACCUUCUGGAAUUCAAACACCGGCUCCGUGAGCUCAACCAGAUCAGAGGUCUUAGAAUCUAUAAUGAUGUUACCCUGAGCUCUGUAAAUGUGGAGACACUGCAGUGAAAGCAUACUACAGAUUCUGGCAUGAUAUGUGAUGAUCUUUUCAACGACAUGGGCAAAUCCUUUUUCCUCCAGUAAUCAUCUUUUUUUUUU